AUGAAACCGCUAUUCAAGGGGGCGCAUUAUGAGGAGGAUCCGGAACAAUUUCCAACCACUCCCAGAAAAGAUCGGUCACUGGGUGUGAUAAAGCUUGUCACUGCGCUGGUCAUUUUCAUGGCUGGUGGGGUGAUUGGCUUAUCCGUGAAUACCCACUUCAGUCGGUACUUGGGUUCCCAGACCGAACUCUUCUUUCCCACCACUCGUUACAUCGAGGAGUGUCUGAGCAUAGAAAGCUACAUCGAACCGAAGCAGUUGAAGCAUCAGAUGACAGAUGAGGAGCUUUUCUGGAGAGGAUCCAUGGUGCCAAAGAAAGCUGAUUUUCCAUAUAAGAGGGUGCCCAAGGUGGCUUUCAUGUUCUUGACUAGAGGUGCUCUGCCACUUGGACCCUUGUGGGAAAGGUUCUUCCAUGGCCACGAGGGACUCUUCACAGUCUAUGUGCAUGCUCUCCCAGGAUACAAGCUCAACGUCACCGAGAAUUCCGCUUUCUAUGGUCGCCAGAUACCAAGUCAGGUACAAUCCUUUUUAGACAUUAGUCGCUCGCCACCUUAUUUUCAUUUCCUCUUACUGGUUAUCAUUUACAGGAUUAUUUGUUGUAAAUAUAAAAUACGACCAACAGAAAACUAAUAAGUCUGGGGUUGAUGCUUCCUAAAAUGGUGUUCAAGUUCUUACUUGGAGCUGUAUGUGACUUUGGAGCCCAGCUCCGAGAAUAACAAUGAAGUGACUCCUGAAGAGAAGUCUUUCUCUAUGAUUUGGGGAUAGAAUGAUGUAAGGUUAAAAUGAAGAACGAAUGACAGGUUUAAAUCUUGUCCUGGACAACCGCUUGCGCAGACUCCCUAUCAUUGGUGUUCUAAGUAGAAUUUCUUGUUUCCUUUUUUUUUUUUUUUCAACAAAUUGAUGUUCGGUCAGAUUUGGGGAUCUUGUAGAACACGUGAUCGAUAUCUCUUCAAUUCAUUUUUGGUCAGAUUUGGAAUCUUGUAGCAUAUGUGUCCUGAACUCAACAUCCGCUUCCACUGACGAGUGAGAUCAAAUUCCUUGUUUUUUAAACACAUUAAACAAGUGAGCUUUAAGUUGAAUGAACCUCCGACUCUGGUAAUAUUUUUUUUUAGAAAUAACGAUAGAACAUAAUGGGCUGUAGAUGUUGAUUCGAUUAAUUGCUGGAGAGAUAGGGUUUAUGAUGAUAGAACCAAUUACUGUAUGUUGGAUGUGAUUAUACUAUUGCAGAUGCUCAUUGUCGACAGAACCAGUGAAAAUGAAGCGAAGAGAGCAUCAACUUAAUGAUGCGAUACCCUGGAACAUUGUGAACUGUGAACUCAGGUUGAUCCAUGACAUUAAGAAACAUUGUGAAAGAAAGCUAGGUAAACUAAAUUUUUUCUCGUCUUUCACCAAGAUCUAACGCAUCUGGGCUUCUUUCUAGCUCAAUAUCCAGAACAAGCAAAGAACGCUCUCAGUCUUCUUCAUUGACAUAUUCAUGAGAAUCUACGUUUUAGUUUUAGAUAAGAACUGCUGUAUUGAUCGAACCUGGCAACAAUAUUGGUGUCACGUAAUAUGAACUGAAAGAAAAUCAUAAAAACCCGGUUUUUUUAACUUGUAAUUUCCCUGUUAUUAUUUACAUUUAAUCGAAGCAACCAAUAUUCUCUGGAGAGACGUAUUUAACAAUUUCUCUUAUCAUGCAGGACGUCUCAUGGGGAUCAGUAUCAUUGGUGGAUGCUGAGAAACGGCUCAUGGGAAAUGCCCUGCUGGACUUUUCAAAUGAGCGCUUCGUUCUUCUCUCCGAGAGCUGCAUACCUGUCUUCAAUUUUCCGACCGUGUACAAAUAUCUGAUCAACUCGGAGCAGAGCUACGUAGAAUCAUACGACGACCCAUCGCAUCGUGGGCGGGGGCGCUACUCCCGAAGCAUGGCCCCCGAGAUCUCUCUCUACCAGUGGAGAAAAGGGUCCGAGUGGUUUGAGAUGAGCAGAGAAUUGGCCAUCGACAUUGUCUCAGACUCCAAGUAUUACUCCAUCUUCAGAAGGUACUGCAAGCCCUCCUGCUACCCUGAUGAACACUACAUACCCACCUACUUGAACAUGUUCCAUGGGGAGUUGAAUGCAAACAGAACAGUCACCUGGGUUGACUGGUCGAGGUUGGGCCCUCAUCCGGCCCAGUUCGGCCGGGCAGAUGUCAACGAGACCUUCAUCCAGUCCAUCAGGAACAAUGGGACCAUCUGCACAUACAACUCCAAGCCCACGUCCGUUUGCUUCCUCUUCGCGAGGAAGUUUGCGCCCAGUGCUCUGGAGCCCCUUCUCAAGAUCAGUCAAACAGUGAUGAAGUUCUGA